AUAAAACUCAAAACUAAAACUAAAAAUCAAAUUUAAAAAAACAUUUUUAAUUUAAAAUUUGAAAAUCCCUAUCAUCAUCUUCUUGAACUGUUCUUCUUCAGUUUCAGAUCCAUUUACAUCUGCUUCAGAUCCAGUGAACGAGCGAUACACACACAUAUACAUACAGAUAUUUGUAUCUAUACAUCUACAUUGCGCUGAUUAGCAGCGAUUUUUUCGCCGAGGUUUUCGGAGAUGGCGUCCUUGUCUGCAAUCAGUGAGGAGCUAGCUCAACUCGACGGUCAAGUCACCGAUAUUUUUCGAGCAUUAUCGAAUGGAUUUCAGAAGUUGGAGAAGAUGAAGGACUCGAAUCGGAAGAGUAGGCAGUUGGAGGAGCUUACGGAUAAGAUGCGCGAUUGUAAGAGGCUUAUUAAAGAAUUCGACAGAGAAGUUAAGGAUAUGGAAUAUAGCAAUGAUGCAGCUACGAAUAGGAUGCUAAAUGAGAAAAAACAGUCAAUGGUGAAGGAGUUAAAUUCAUACGUUGCUCUCAAAAAGCAGUAUGCCAGCAAUCUUGACAACCAGCGAGCUGAUCUCUUUCAGGCUCCUGAUGAAGCUUCUAGGGACGAUAAUAGCCUAAUGGCUUCAUCUAUGACAAAUCAACAACUAAUGGACAAUGGCAACCAAAUGAUGGACGAGACAGAUCAAGCAAUUGAGAGGUCCAAAAAGGUUGUCCACGAAACUGUAAAUGUCGGUACAGAGACUGCUGCAGCUUUGAAGGCACAGACUGAACAAAUGGGUAGGAUAGUUAAUGAGCUGGAUUCCAUCCACUUCUCCAUUAAGAAGGCUUCUAAGCUGGUCAAGGAAAUUGGUAGGCAGGUUGCAACUGAUCGCUGUAUUAUGGGUUUGCUCUUCCUCAUUGUUAUCGGUGUUAUAGCGGUCAUCAUUGUGAAGCUUGUGAACCCAAAUAACAAAGACAUCCGAGACAUCCCCGGACUAGCUCCUCCAGCUUCUACUAAUAGAAAACUGCUCUGGCAAAAUUAGUAUACAAGCCAAAAGUGCUUUUGUCUGGGUGGAGUAUCAGCAUAUUCGCUGUUAACGAUGGUGCCUGUGUUAUAACAAUAACCUCAUGGAUUUGAAAGGCAGAUGUGAUGGCUCAAUGAAUUGCCUUAAUGCACUUGAUUGGAUUACUCUCUAUCAAUGUCAUCGUCCUAAGUUCAUAUUGCAUCAGUCAGAAGUUUAUUGUACGUUGAUUUUGUUACGACUUCACUUUCCUUGCUAGAUAUAUACAAUUCAGCGAGAAAAGUUUUCAAAUUCACUCCGUGUUCCUUUGUAUCCAGUAUUUAUUCAUCAUAUUCAUUAAUUAUGUAUAUUCUGAUUAUAAAAUUCUUUUCUAUACAUCUUUCUCAUCUGUU